AUGCUUGGAGAAAGAGCCGACCCAAGAAGACGGUCCAAAAUAUUCAUCACAAAAGAGCUGCAGCGCAUCUCCAAGUCUCCAAGCGAGAACUACAGCGUGGGCCUCCUGAACGACAAUAUUUACACGUGGGAAAUACUUAUAAUAGGCCCCAGGGAUACGAUAUACGAGAAUGCCCUUCUCAAAGGCAUCAUGACAUUCCCAGAGACGUAUCCCGAUGAUCCUCCCUCCUUCAAGUUUACAACGGAAGUAUGGCACCCAAACAUCGACACGGACGGAAACGUCUGCAUCUCCAUCCUGCACAAACCCGGGGAUGAUGAGUACGGGUACGAGGAUGCCUCCGAGCGGUGGAUGCCAGUCCGCGAUAUAAACUCGAUCCUUCUCUCGAUUAUUCUCCUUCUCGUUGAGCCGAACUCAGAGAGCCCUGCAAACAUUGAGGCAGCCCAGGACUUCAUGCAGAGACGCGCGGAGUACAACAAGAAGGUGCAGAGACUCGCCCAGAGAACGAUAGAAUAA